UGCAGCGGGCAAUGUGUUAACACGGCGUCAAUGGUUGCUGUUUUGAUCAGGGCCGUGGGAUCUGAAAAAUAUUGUGCAGAACAGAACCAUGGAGAUAGAUAAACAAUAAUCACAAACAACUUUAAAGAUAAAUAAUAAGUUAAGAUGUUCGCUUUUCUGCUGUAAUGGUCGAACUCGAGGCUUCUUCCGAUCCUAAUCACUGCUGUGUGGCAACUGGGUGCCAGCAUUAUUUAUUUCCAGUUAGCUAGCUCCGGCGGACGACCGGGCACAGCGGCUACGUGCGUUAGCCUGCGGAGCUAACAGCGAGUCGGUAACGCUCCCAAUUCCUAGAAAGUAUACGCGAACUGUGGCCGUUACACGGAAACACGCCGAGGUUUUAAUGAUUGCUGUUAACUCCACCAGGCACAAGAGGUAUGGAAAAGUCCAUAAGUCCAGUAAAAUCAGUAAAACAGUCUCAGUCCCGAGGAGCCAAGUCUACAUUCAGUGAGAAGUCAUUUAAAGAGGCUCCUGUUCAGAAAGAGAGCACCAGGUCUGCGCCCUGCAGCAACGAAAACCUCACAGCCGCAAAGGAUGAACAUAAUAUAGGCUUUCAGGCAAACCGUGGGCCAUGCAAGACUUCCACAGAUACUCCCCAGGACAAGAGAAAAAGCCGGCCCUCCAGGCUGACUAGACUGACUGGAAGAACGAGUUCUGGGGAGAGAGGCAAAGGAAAACUGACAAGCGCACAUCCUCCGAUUGCAACACAGGCCCCUGACUCCAGACCAUCUCUCUCUGCAGACAGCAGCUCAUCCACAAACAAAGCAGAUCCUGCUCCACCUGAGAAAGGUCUGUCCGACCAGGCCAAGAGCUCACAAGCACCAGCAAAGGAAAAGCUCUAUGGGGCAAAAACUGCAGCACUGAUGCGUCCAUCUGAGGAGGACAUGGAGGUGAGGCCCACUGUGGAGGAAGGAACCCUGACAGAGCAACAGCUGGGCCUCCGACAGGCAGAGGAACGCCUCUACAGAGACUACAUCCACCGACUGUUGAAACAGUCUCCGGAGUAUCCAAACUACCAGUACUUAUGCAAGCUGUGUUCUGUGCACAUUGAAAACAUUCAAGGAGCACACAAACACAUCAAGGAGAAGAGACAUAAGAAGAACAUAAUGGAGAAGCAGGAGGAGAAUGAGCUGCGUGCCCUCCCAGCCCCUUCAACUGCUCAUCUGAGGGCAGUAGAUGCAGCAGUCCUUGAAACUGCCAGACAGCAAGGGAUCUCCGAGGAGGACUUUGAGGUCCGGAAGGCUGUGGUUGUCAAAAUGGAGGCGAUCAUCAAGAAGCAUCUCUCAGCUUGCGCUCUUCAUCUCUAUGGUUCCUGUCUUACGCGAUUUGCCUUUAAGACCAGUGAUGUAAACAUUGAUGUCACCUACCCUUCUUCCAUGACUCAACCUGAGGUCUUGAUUCAGGUGCUGGAAAUCCUGAAGAACAGCUCUCAGUUUUCUGACGUUGAGUCAGAUUUUCAUGCCAAAGUUCCUGCUGUGUUCUGUCGGGAUAUUAGCAAUGGCCUGAUGUGCAAGGUUAGUGCAGGUAAUGACGUGGCCUGUCUCACCACCAAUCACCUGGCUGUCCUUGCUAAGCUGGAGCCCAGACUGGUUCCUCUGGUACUGGCAUUUCGCUACUGGGGAAGGUUGUGUCACAUUGACUGCCAGGCCGAAGGUGGCAUCCCGUCGUACUCCUUUGCUCUUAUGGUCAUCUUCUUCCUGCAGCAGAGAAAACAGCCCAUUCUUCCCGUCUACCUGGGCCACUGGAUCGAAGGCUUUGAUGUAAAACGCGUUGAUGAGUAUCAUCUCACUGGCAUCGUGCUGGACAUGUUUGUCAAAUGGGAGCACAGACCUCCGAGCUCGACAGACGGACGAGGGGAGAACCGAAACGAGACGAGAGGAGAAAGCCGACCCAAAUCAGAGCAGAACAAACCUGAUGAGAGCCACUACUCUGAGGGCUUGACCAACCUAACCCUGGAUGCAGCUAAGGGAGUGUCACUGGGCCAGCUGUGGCUUGAGCUCUUACGCUUUUACACACUGGAGUUCGCUCUUGAGGACUACAUCAUCAGCAUCCGCUUAAAGGAGCUCCUCUCUAGGGACGUGAAGAACUGGCCCCGUCGCAGGCUUGCUAUAGAAGAUCCUUUUGCGCUGAAGAGGAAUGUCGCUCGAAGCCUAAACAGCCAAAUGGUGUUUGAGUACAUCCAGGAGCGCUUCCGCACAGCUUACAAGUACUUUGCUUGCCCUCAGCGACGGCUUACAGGGGGAACAAGAAACAAGAAGGCAGGCAAAGAAGGUGCAAAAGUGGAAGCAGCUGAGACAGAAGAAGAACGAAGGAAACGUGACAAAAGCUCAGGAGCUCAGAGGGAACGUGUGGGUUCAGAGGUGUGCGAGAAGCCUGAGAGAGAUGAUGAAGCUGGUUCAGGUUCGUCCACAAAGCAGAGCGAGAAGACUUUAGAGGCCAACCUCAUGGACAUGAUUCUGAGUGAGGACACACCGUGCGUCUCCCCCAACGGCCUGCUGGACAGUGACAAGGAGGGGGAGGAGGACAAGCAGGGUAAAACCAUGGUUUCAUCAGAAGAUCUGCACUAUGUGUUUGAUAAGAUGAUCUUCACUGGUGGCAAGCCUCCAACUGUUGUUUGCAGCUUCUGCAAGCGAGACGGUCACCUGAAGGACGAGUGUCCUGAAGACUUCAAGAAGAUCGAGUUGACGCCGCUGCCUCCUAUGAACGACCGCUUCAGAGAUAUUCUUGAUGGGCUCUGCAGACUGUGCUACUAUGAACUCUCACCUUCACAACUUGAGCAGCAAAAGAGGGAGCAGAUUCUCGCCGGCUUGGAGAGGUUUAUCAGGAAGGAGUACAAUGAUAAAGCUCAGCUCUGCUUGUUUGGUUCCUCCAAAAAUGGUUUUGGCUUCCGUGACAGCGACCUUGACAUUUGCAUGACUCUUGAGGGUCAUGAGACUGCAGAGAAGCUGAACUGCAAAGAGAUCAUCGAAGGCCUCGCUAAGGUGCUAAAGAAGCACACAGGUCUGAGAAACAUCUUGCCUAUCACGACAGCUAAAGUGCCUAUAGUGAAGUUUGAACACAGACAGAGUGGCUUGGAGGGAGAUAUCAGCCUCUACAACACCCUGGCUCAGCACAACACCAGGAUGCUGGCUACGUAUGCAGCCCUGGAUCCACGCGUGCAGUUCCUGGGAUACACAAUGAAGGUCUUUGCAAAGCGCUGUGACAUCGGAGAUGCGUCCAGAGGAAGUCUCUCAUCCUACGCUUACAUCCUGAUGGUGCUUUACUUCCUGCAGCAGAGGCAGCCGCCGGUCAUCCCUGUCCUGCAGGAGAUCUUUGAUGGGACGACUGCUCCUCAGCUCAUGGUGGACGGCUGGAAUGCUUUCUUUUGUGAUGACCUUGACGAUCUGCGCCGGCGGCUCUCUGAGCUGCAGCCUAACACGGAGUCCGUGGGAGAGCUGUGGUUGGGACUUCUGCGCUUUUACACGGAGGAAUUUGACUUCAAGGAGCACGUCAUCAGCAUCCGCCAAAAGAAGCUCCUCACCACUUUUGAGAAACAGUGGACCAGCAAAUGCAUCGCUAUUGAAGAUCCUUUUGAUUUAAAUCAUAAUCUCGGUGCUGGAGUUUCACGCAAAAUGACAAACUUUAUCAUGAAGGCUUUUAUAAACGGGAGGAAGUUGUUUGGAACGCCUUUCUACCCCCUCCCCGGCACUGAAGUGGACUACUUCUUUGACUCCAAGGUGCUGACGGACGGCGAGUUGGCGCCAAAUGACAGGUGCUGCAGAAUCUGUGGGAAGAUUGGACAUUACAUGAAGGACUGUCCUAAGAGACGCAGAAUGAAAAAGAAGGAGAACGACAAAGACGAGGACGUAAAAGAGGACGAGCGGGAACCGAAGGACAGGCGUUGUUUCCAGUGUGGGGAUAUGGGCCACGUACGGAGAGACUGUCCCGAGUACCGGCACCUCAAACAGAGGGUUGCUGGAGCACAAGUUCCACACAUGGUCCGAACUGUGGUGAGCUCACAGUCCAUCCCCAUUCCUCAGGCAGCGGUAGACUGUCCUGGAAGGACCAGGCAGCCGUCUGAAUGUUCCGACAGCCGUCAGACUCCGCCUUACUCCCCACAGCCCACCGCUGUUGCUCCAAGCUCCUCCCAGCCAUCCAGUUCCCCUCAGCCCUCCCAGACCAAGGCUGGUUCUGCUGGUCCAGUGAAGCGGCCCUCUCUCCCCCAGGUCUCCAUGCCUCUCUUCAGUUUCCCUACCUCCCACCCAGGCCAGUACCACCCGGGGGCUCUCACUGCACUAGGCCUUAUUCCUUCCCACCAGCACCAGUCACAGGGGCAGCCCCAUCACCCAGUCCACAUCCCCUCCACGGCCUGGCCUGUCCAUGGACCGGUCCUCUCCACGUCCUCGCCCACCACCCCCUCCCCACCCAGCCUAAAGUUUGCCCUCCGUUCAGCUUCAGGAAACGGGACUCCCACGGGAUCCGGUACCAGUCCCAGCCCCAUGAACCUGAACGACCCCAGCAUCAUCUUUGCCCAGCCGGCAGGGAGGCAGCUGGGCAUGGGGCCAGGACGUGAAGCACACUGGCACAACCACCUGGGGCAGCCUGGGUCACUCAUGGGCAAUGGCACAGUGGUGAAGUCAGAUUCAGGCCAUUCUGCCCAGUUUGUUGGUGUGAGUCAGGGCCCUUGGAUAUGGGAGCACAACAAAACCCCCCAGUACAGCCUGUCUCCGUCUUGGCCCUAUCGGGUGCCCCAAAGCUUCAUGCAGCAGGGUAACGGAGGCUACCAACCCAGCAAACCCUUUUUGCCCCAAGGUCCUGUGGUGCAUCCUAAUCCCAACUACCCACUGGUCCCUCACGACCGACACCAAGUCAAUCUGAAUUUCAUUCAACAGAAGAAGUAAACUUUUUCCCCCCUUUUAAUUAGGUUUAUGAUCAGUGGCAUAAAGGUAAAAUUAUGUACUCUGCCUCAUGUGAUCACGAGAAUUUUUAAAAUGAAUUUUAUCAUUUUUUUGUACAGUUUUUAUGUUUUAUUUUUUGUCACAUUACAUUGAUUUGUGAUACAAAUGUCAAAUAUUUUAAUACCCCCAUUUUUGAGGGGGUCCAAAAAAGUGUUUUUAUUUUAUGUGUAAAGUAAGGAAGACAAAUGUAAACCUUUAUUUUUAUUAGCUGAAUUCAUACUUUGCUUGCCACAAAAUGAAGGCUUUGAAUAGAUGUUUGUUUUAAAAGCAAUCAAUCCGUUGUGUCACCCUAACUACAGUACCGCUCCAGUGUUGGGAUACACCUUCUCAAAAUUUGUAUUUAAUUAUUCCCUCUGUUAGUGAUGUUGAAGGCACCAAAACCAUAAUAUCACCAUUUACAUGUGAUAUCUUUUAACAUGUUGAGCAUUCGAACGCUGCCUUCUUUCACUUUCAGCCAAACCAUCUGAUUUGGGUUCAAGUAGAUAUCAGAUCAAUGUUGAUACACAAUUUACCUAGCAAAAAUAGAAAUAACAAAAGGUGUAUCCACACGUGAGGCUGGUAGUGUAUGUAGAGCCAGGAACAGAGAGAGCACGAAAAAAGGGACAAAAUUUGAAUAUAAAAAAACAGCUACAAAAAAUAAAGGAAAAAACGCAAACGAU